GUUUAUUAGCCUAGAUUAAGGACCCUUUUUGUUUUUUUUUACAGUUGCAUGUUUGCUUUGUGGAGCUGUGCUAUUGCAAGAGGCGUGUUAUGAACGUAUUGUGCUGUGAAUCUUGAUAACCGCCCUGGGUUUGCGACGGGCUUUCUGAAAUUACGCUGACAAUGUUGGCUAACUCGGCUAGCUGUUAGCUUUGUUGCAGUUGUUCACUAGUCAACUGAUGCUACAGUAGCACUUAGCCGUCGGUACAACGGUUGAGAGUCGUUAACAGUAACGUUAGCCUCCAGCUUUACCUUGCGCUCCUGUCAAUAGACCAGGAGACUUGACUAGCCCCCUGGUGAGUGACCGUUUUUCUUUGAGCACGGAGGGGUCUGGGUGAAGGCUGAAAGAUGGUCUGAUGGACCGCCGCUUCUUCUUGACUUUCCUCUUCUGCUCAGUGUUGUGGAUCUUCUUCUGGGAAGUGCGCUGGAAGAAAGGGAAAGAAAGUCAAAUUGUGGAAUGGCUGCAACGACAUCGCCUCUCUCAAUACAGGCACUUGUUUGAAGAUGUACAGACUCUGGAAGAACUGAGUCUGAGUGUACUGAGUCGUCUGGAAGAGGUGGUGAAGGAACAGCAGCGCUGGAGAGAAAUUGCAGAGGCCCACAUCCAGCUGCUCCGAGACUUUGCUUUCCAGGAGUGGCUUUGCUCCCAGAACCUGGAGCAUUAUUACCAUACUCUGAAGACGUUGGGUUGUAUGAAUCUGGAUGACCUGUCUCAGUUUGACAGUCAGCUGCAGCUGUCUCUUGCUGCCUGGGGCUACUACUACGAGGACUACAUAAAGUUAUCUACAGGCAUCAAGAUCCUCCAGACAUCCAGGGGGAGUCGUGACCAGGACUACGAGAUCCGGCUGGUGCACAGCCUUGCGGGGAGGCGUCUGAAUGAGAAGUGGUCAAUUGCGGGAGCUCUCAUAUUUGGCUGUACUGUGGCGCUGUGCUUCUUGAUAAGGGACCUCAUGUUUUACGUGAUUGGUGGAAUUACUGUUUCCAUCAUAGCGUUUGUCUUUACCAUCAAGUUCCUCUGUGAGCUUGCAGCGAGAGUAGUCAGCUUCCUGCAGAAUGAGGAUCCAGGGCGACGCGGUGACCGCAGCAUCUACGACUAUGUCCGGGGGAAUUACCUGGACCCACGUUCCUGCAAGGUGUCUUGGGAUUGGAAGGAACCGCAGGAAGUGGGGCAGACUAUGAGCUUCAGAGUCCAGCUGUUUUAUAAGAAUGGCCAGCCUUUCCCGGCCCAUCGACCUGUGGGACUGAGGGUCAACAUCACCCAUAUUGAAUUGGCUCUGGACAUCCCUGUUACACAGGAGGUUCUGCAAGAGCCAGAGUCAAAUGUAGUCAAAGUGGCCUUCACAGUGCGAAAGGCCGGACGCUAUGAGGUUGCUGUCAAGCUGGGUGGCCUCAAUGUGGCCUACAGCCCUUAUUACAAGAUAUUUCAGCCAGGUACCGUUGUCCCAUCCAAAACCAAGAUAGCCUACCAUUUCUCCACCUUGGUGCUAACAAAUGGCCAGCAGCACACUUUGCAGAUUGAGCCCAGAGACGAGUAUGGAAACCCCACCAGUAACUCCACAUCUCUCACCGACGAAGCCAACUACAGCGUCCAUGUGCACUCUCUGGGCACAGUGGAUGAUGACAGUCUGGAGGAGUAUUACAGUAAGUCAGUUUCACUCAACAAGCAGCAGUGCCAGGUUCUGCUGAGGCUGACCCUGAGGAAGACCGGCUGUUUCAGGGCCCGAAUCUCCUACAAGGACCAGCCGCUCAGUAACGGGGAAUUUGACAUUAUUGUUCUCACUGAGAAUGAGAAGUCCUGUGUGGAGAAGAAUGUGUCCACUCCAGGCAUAAGUAUCUACUUUGAGGCGUACCUUUACAGCAAUGGGAACUACAGCACUUCCUCGUGGCAGUUACCAGCCUCCUCUUUGCUGGUUCCUCAGCGGAGGCCCUCCAUGGGAGAAGAGGAGGAUGAGCAUGACUCUCCUGUGGAGGGACAACCUGAGAAGGUCAAGAAACCAAAAAAGGUCUACUGUUACAUAUCGCCAAAGCAAUUAUCCGUGAAGGAGUUCUACCUGAAAAUUAUUCCGUGGCGCCUUUUCACCUUUCGAGUAUGUCCAGGAACAAAGUUUACCUAUUAUGGUCCUGACCCAGUUCACAAGUACUUAACUCUAGUGGUGGAUGAUGGGAUACAGCCUCCCGUGGAGCUCAGCUGCAAAGACAGGAACAUCAUGGCCGCCACCUUCAUUCGCUUCCUGCACAAGAACAUUGGUGGCUCUGAAACGUUCCAAGACAAGGUGAACUUCUUUCAGCGUGAACUCAGGCACAUCCACUCCAAGAGACCUCGCACCAAGACCUGCCUAAAAAUCACCCGACACACCAUUCUAGAUUCAUCCCUGAAGGCUACAAGGAACUUCUCUGUGUCAGACUGGAGUAAGAACUUUGAGGUCGUGUUUCAGGAUGAGGAAGCUCUGGACUGGGGAGGACCUCGCAGGGAGUGGUUUGAGUUGAUUUGUAAGACCCUCUUUGACACCUCCAACCAGCUGUUCACCCGCUUCAGUGACAACAACCAGGGCCUUGUGCACCCAAACGCUGACCGCCCACCCCACCUGCGUCUAAAGAUGUAUGAGUUUGCAGGUCGCAUCGUAGGGAAGUGCCUGUAUGAGUCUGCUCUGGGUGGGGCCUACAAACAGCUGGUCAGAGCUCGCUUUACACGUUCCUUCUUGGCCCAGAUCAUUGGCCUCAGGAUGAACUACAAGUACUUUGAGACAGAUGACCAGGAGUUCUACAAAACUAAAGUCUGCUUCAUCCUAAACAAUGACGUGAGUGAAAUGGACCUGGUGUUUGCCGAGGAGAAGUACAGCAAGUCCGGACAGCUGGAGAAGGUGGUGGAGCUGAUAUCAGGGGGAGCUCAGAUUGCAGUUACCAAUGAAAACAAGAUGCAUUAUCUCAACCUGCUGGCCCAGUACAGACUGGCCAGUCAGGUGAGAGAUGAGGUGGAACACUUCCUGAAAGGUUUGAAUGAACUGGUUCCAGAAAACCUGCUGGCCAUAUUUGAUGAGAAUGAGUUGGAGCUGUUGAUGUGUGGCACCGGUGAUAUAAACGUGCAGGACUUCAAGGCCCAUGCUGUGAUUGUUGGAGGAUCAUGGCACUUCCGAGAGAAAGUGAUGAAGUGGUUCUGGGCCGUGGUGUCCAGUUUCACCCAGGAGGAGUUGGCUCGCCUGCUGCAGUUCACCACCGGCUCCUCUCAGCUCCCCCCUGGAGGAUUCAACACCCUUUGCCCCUCCUUCCAGAUCAUUGCCGCCCCGACACACAGCACCCUGCCAACUGCACACACGUGUUUCAACCAGCUGUGCCUCCCUACAUACGACUCCUAUGAGGAGCUGCACAAGAUGUUGAAGCUGGCCAUCAGUGAGGGCAGCGAAGGCUUCGGCAUGCUCUGACCCUCCUAUCACCAGCACUGUGGAUCCACUUGUACAAGAGGAGAACAGAACUGCCCACUCCAGUGCACCAGUUCACUGCAUUUAUCUAUAAUUUAACAUCUGGUUUCUCAGCAGAAUCACCCAGACUCCCUAUAAAUACUCUCUCAGGAUGAGAGGGCAUAGCACUUAGUCCCUGAAGGAAGCUGGGACUCAAUCGUAUGAACUCUAGUGCUACUGUAUGUACAUAAAAUAUCUCACUUUUGUAAAAAAACACAAAAACACAACGGAAACUACAAACUGGUGAAAAAGGUGAGGUUUAGGCUUAUUUCUUAAUGCUAAAGUUUGCUUAGUUUUAUAUGUUUGAAAGAUAUGAUGCUAGAGCAAAGGCCUUGAGCAUUACAGUAUAACUGCUUCUUUUGCAUUUUUCAAACUGAGGAACACUUAAGUGCAACAGCAGCCUACAUGUGAGACGGGUGAUGCGUGCAUCUACAGCAUUUUGGCCUUAAUCGAUCAGGGACUGAUGUGUGUAUGUAAAUAUAUAUCACUCUUUUAUUUCAAUACUUGUACAUAUUAGUGUGUAUACGUAGGUUUUCAUCUUUUUGAUUUGACAUUUAAGAAGAAGGGAUUUCUUCAUUUUUGAACGUUUCAUGGUUUGAGAGUUUAUAUAAGUUCUAUAAUAAGCUUUUGUUGUUUCAGAAAUGAAUGGGUUUUAAAAGAAGCCAAGUAAUUUCUAUUGUUUAUACAUGUUUUUAACUUAUUGCGUCUUGGAAAAAAUAUUUGUGUUGACCCAUACUGUUGAAAAUAUGUUUGUCUGGAGCGGUAAAUGUUUUUGUUAUGUUUUAUAACCUGCCUUAUUCAUGCCCUUUGCCUCUGAUUGUAUCCAGAGAGGUGCAUAGGUGAGAGGAUUAUCGACAGUAAUAGCUAAUAGGUAUAUUGUGACAUUUCUACUUGUACAUGCAAGGGUCACUGUGGAUGUGAGUGUUUGGUUGGAUGGAUGUUUGGGAGAUUAUAUAUAACAAACAAACAAACAUUUUGUUAUAUAUGCUGUAUCCUUUUUAACUCUUUAAUUUACAGCCUUUCAUGGGUUUACCUCAAAAUCUCCUGUGCCACCUUUGCAUCCACUGACACAGGUGUAUGUGUGUUCAAGCACAUGUACAGCAAAGCAUAUACAUACAGUUUGUUCAUACUUGUCUUCUUCCAGUCCUGACUGUACAACAUGAACCUAGCCAUAUUAUCACACAUCCUAAGUAAAGCAUUAUAUCAGUGGAGAGAAUGCUGUCACUACUCUCAAUAUCCUGAGCCAACAGUUGUUUUCUCUUUUUGCUUUCCUGUUCACAUGCAUUUAGGAAAAUUCAUAUGUAGACUCCGAAGCAAGAAGAAAACGUUAAUGAUUGAUUCUUCCCAAGAAAAGUAAUAUUUUUAUUUGAAUACGUUCCUGUUCCCGACAGAGCACUCUGGAUGCAAUUAUUAAUUGCACUAAUUCACCCGAGCCAAUACACCGUCGGCUUGGGAUUUUGAUGAGUAUUGUUCUUUAGCUGGCCUUUUACAGUGUUAAGAGGGUUAAUGCAUUUGUUUGGGUUGUGCAAUGUUGACCUGAUGUACAGUGAAAAUGUUAUAAGUGCUUUUGAAAAUGUUUCAUUAAGGUGUGCUUUCAGCACCAAUGGCUGAUUUCAUAUUUUUCAGAAGUAAAGGUAAUUUAAGCAUUACAUAUGUACCUAUUCUGUUAGAUAUGACCAUCAUAAACUAAUUUGGAGGUCUCUCCUGUACUUUUAUGUUCUUGUUUAAUGUUUUGCUUUUCAUGAGCAUCUACUACUCUAUUUUAUGUUUGGAUUUUUUCUGGGUUAGAUGGCCUGAGUGUGACUUUUAGCAAUGUAGAUAUUGUGAAAUAUUUGCCUAUGAUUUUGAUGCUGGGGUACUUUUUUCCUUUAUUUUUAAUGGCAAGCCUCUGCUGACGAAUGUUUGAGAUCCUCUGCACUGCAGGCCCUUUGUUUAUGGGAAUAAAAUUGAUGGACUAAAUUCUUA